AUGACCUCCAACUACGAAUCGCUGCACAGACAAUGCAGGACAUUGGAGUCGCUCUUCGACUCGAAACUGACCUCGUACUCGCGCCUGGCGUCGACUAUCUCGAGGACGCAUGACGACGUGGAGGCGGAGGGAUCCAGGGACAGGUGGAAGGACGUCGAAAUGGAAUUGGAUGAGCUGCUGGCCAAGCUCGAGGAAACAAAUGAACAGCUGGCGUCGCUGUCAAAUAACGCGGAGGCACCGCUUUCCCAGUCAAUGAUGCGUGCAAUACAGCGGCACAGAGACGUCUUCCAGGACCAGUCACGCGAGUUUCGACGGACAAAGACGAAUGUCCAGCAUGCCUUGGAUCAAGCGAACCUUCUCAGCGGUGUCAGGAACGAUAUAGACGCGUACAAAUCGUCAGCUGCGGACGCCCUAUUAGCAGAGCGCGGCCGAAUAGACAGUUCGCAUCAAAUGACGGACGACAUGAUUCAACAAGCCUAUGAAACGCGGGCAGAGUUCUCCAGCCAACGCUCGUCAUUGGCCGGUAUUAAUACUCGAAUGAUGGGGGUGAUAAAUACGAUGCCCGGGAUUAAUAACCUCCUGUCCAUGAUCAAGACGCGCCGGCGGAGAGAUUCGAUUAUAAUGGGUCUUGUUAUCGGUAUCUGCUUGAUUCUAUUCUUCACAUACAUGUGGCGGUAG